CUCACGAGCCUCGGUGGCACAGCCCUCAAGUCACACGUGCACUUACUUAUGUGGGGUUGCCAAACACUUGUACGGCUGUUGGUUUGCACAUCGCGUAAGUAGAGUAACAACGAGUUGUAUUUCACACAGGAAUAGUGUGGAACAACAUGAUCGAGAGGUAUUUGUGCUUACAAUCUCUCUGAUGUUAUCGACAUGGAAGCCGAACUGUCUGCAGACAGCAGCCAACAUCAAGCUUUUCCUCUGGACGAGUUAUCGCAAGUCGUCUUCAAGCCGAAGCAUUACCACUUAUUUUCACAGUCAGUUUCUGCAUCUAAACGACACCGGCAUCCUAGACGUUCUGAUGGUAGUGUAUCUGACAGUUCAAAUAGCAUCUUUAUAAAACAGGGUUCCGGUGACUCCACUUAUAGCCAGCCGUCUUCUGACCUGUCCCUUGACGAAGAACGCGAAGCACUUCGUAGAGAAACUGAGAGGCAAGCCCAAGCUCAACUCGAGAAAGCUAAGUCGAAACCAGUGGCGUUUGCAGUACGAACGAACAUCGCUUAUGACGGAACUUUGGACGAUGACUCAGCCGUUCAUGGUUGUGCGGUUUCUUUCGAUGCUAGAGAAUUCUUGCACAUUAAAGAGGUAAAUAUUUUUAAGUCAGGGUUCGACGUGGAGCAAAAUUACACCGACAGCAAUCGUGGGGAAGACAGUGAUACAACUAGCACCUUAAAGCUCGGUAAAUCCAACAUCAGUGGACAUCCAUGCAAAGAAAAGAAGAAAACCUUUUUUAAAAAGUCUGAAGAAGAUGAUCGUCAGGGUUCAAACUGA